ACUUUACAUGUCAGCUUAGGCAACGUAAACCCUGUACCUCGUCAUGAAAUGAGGUGAUCGAUAUCGGAAAGUAAUAACUGGAGUAUUUGGUGGCUUCCCAACCCGUUGAAAUAUGACGACACGGAACAAGUCGGGUCAUGGCGUCACGUCCAGUUAUCCAGAGCACAGAAAAACAUCUGACCACCAUGUGGACAGGGGCAGUACCAGGGAAAGGUCAGGGAGCCAGAAAUUCAAUGGCAUACGUAACUGUCACAGCAUAAUCAGUCAGGCAGUGUCAUCUGCAUUCAAGGACAGUGUCUGCCAGAAAGAUGACUGCAGCAGGCCCCGACACAGAACCACCUCUGAGAGUGAUAUCUCCAGAAAAAUGCAUGAUCUCCAGGAAGAGAUGAGGAAACAAAGCGAGGGGCAGGAAAACAUUAAGCAGAGCCAGGAUGAGCUGAAAAAGACAGUACUGGAACUGAAGGACUGUGUAACAUCUCGAUCGCAGAGUGUCGGUGACAUCUUCUCUCAGGAGGACCCGAAUUGCACAUCAACACCAGCUGUCCGCAGGCUGUUCUCUCGCACCAGCAGCUCCACCAGUGUGCCUGCUUUCACUUUCACAUCGGGGACAACCUCAGACUUCAGUGAGCUGUCGUCAUGCAACUCUGGCUAUACAAAGUCAAUGGACAUCUUGCGACAGAGGGACAAUUUGGAGACAUGUCUGUCAAGAGAGAUGCUGAGGAAUGUCGAAACGCAUCUUAGAGAUGUUGAACUCAGAGACCAGCAACUUUCUGACGAUAUGUCCCAACUGAUGGCGUGUGUUAAAGAUCUCUGGCGUGUCAACACUCGGAAUUCUGAUCUCAGAACAACCCCCCUGCCUCCUCACAUCCAAGCUUUUUGUAUGAAACUGGAGGAUAUCAUACACGUCCGUGUGGCAGACCUGGCGAGAUAUCUUGACGUGUCGGACAUGAGGAUUCUACAGGGUAAUAGCGCAACCAAUCGGAGCCUGUUCUGGGGGGUAAUACACCAGUGGAACAGGGAGUGUCAGGCUAGAGGUUCACCUGCUCUGCUAGAACAGCUCAUAGAUGCCUGUCAGAACUGUGGCAUUCACAACCCCUUAAAAGUGGAGCCAAUGCCAGUGCAACAUCGACGGAUUCUAGAGCAGAACUACUCGUACCUGGCCGAGCAUGUGAUGGUUCCUCUGCUGCUGACCUAUCUGAGGGACAGUGGCUUCCUCACAAAUGAUCUUGUCCAGUAUGUGCUGCAGCCCAAACCCAGGCCGGAUAAAAUCAACCGACUGGUGGACAUCAUGACGGUGUUUGGCAAAAAGUCACUUUCCCUUCUGCAAGAUGCUCUCAGAAGAUCAGAUCAGGGUCACAUUGCCGAAAUGUUGGUCUGCAGGGAUGAGGAAGCGCCUGAACAAGACCAGGGGGCCUCAGCUCUACCUAGUGACACGGUACGCCUCCAAGAAAGUCUCAAGUGCCAGUUGAAGGAACUGAACAUCUCGACAGACCAGCUCAGGAGGCAAAAGGAGGUGUGUCAGGUACCCUCGGGGAGGCUGUGGUCAGGACUGUUUCUCAACCUAGCGGUGUCAGUGAAAAUCCCCCACCAUACAGAAAAUAGUCUGAGGCUACUUUGGGAGGCUAACCAGCUUCGUGAUAUUAAACACGACCAUAUUGUACAGCUGAUUGGUGUAAGCAUGCAGCCUGACCCUCCAUGGAUCGUCACUGAGUCCGUCACUGAGAACCUGCUCAAUCACAUCCGGGGUAUGCAAGAGAAGGAGGUCGGCGCUUCAAUGAUACUUGACAUGACAAUUCAGCUGAGCAGCGCCAUGGUUCACCUAGAGGAGAGGAACUGUAUCCAUGGUGAUCUGAGAGCUGAGAACGUGCUGAUGACUGACAAUAGAACCCUCAAGGUGGCCAACUUCCAUGGCACGAUCCCUUCUGACAAGACGGAUGAAAUGGCUAACUACAGCAGAUGGUCAGCCCCCGAGGUCCUCAACUCAGGGGUGAGGUCCACAAAGGCGGAUGUUUGGGCCUAUGGUAUACUGCUGUGGGAACUCGUCACCCUCGGAAUGGUUCCAUAUCCUGAUGAUACAGUGGAACGUAUGGCAGACAAGGUGCUUCAUGGGUACGUCAUGGCGAUCCCCCGCCCACGAUCUCAAGCCCCCUUUGUCGUAUUUGACAUUAUGGAGAGGUGUUGGGAAUAUCAUACUUCUGAAAGACCCAGCUUUAAAGACGUGCAUACUGAGCUGACUACUUAUUUGGAAAGACGAAACGUUGGACGAGAGGUAGGGAAACAGUUAGAAAACUUUCUACAAAAUGUCACUUACAAUUUUAGUGAACACAAAAACACACCUAACCCCUAUGUCACCGCAUCAAUCUCAACAUUCCGUGCGCCGUUAGGAAUCUAUUGCACAACACAUGAUAUUACAUGA